CAACAUCAAAGAAUGCAGACGGACGCCUAUAUAUUUGGGCAGGGGACUUUUAGUGGAUAUUCAUCACUCGGUCGCCCGAAGCAGCCUCAGCUGAAGGUGUGGCGUUUACAAUACGAGCGUGCACCACAUACAUAACUACUCCGUCAGGCCUCUUGACCGUACCCACUCCAUACUCCUCACAACCCGCACUGCGAUGUCGGAUACGCUACCGCCGUACGAGUAUAGCCCCUUCCCGGUGACGGAGGAUCCGGAUGAUAUCUACAUUCGCCUCAUGACCCUCCAUCCGGGACCAAAAACCGGACCGAUCACAUGUACCAUCUUCGAGACGCGGCUUUCUCAAGUCUCGGAGCACAAGUUUGAAGCGGUGUCUUACUGCUGGGGUGAUCCGGAGGAUCAGUUCGACAUCUUCAUUGUACCCUCGUCCCUAGUCUCUGCGCGGAGCGGCCGGGUUCUUCGCGUCAACCGUUCGUUGGAGCCGUUUCUCUACCGCACCCGCUCCGUAGGCCGUCCACGCCCGCGGACGCUCUGGGUUGACUCAAUAUGCAUCAACCAACAGAAUAAGCCAGAGAAAAGCGCCCAGGUAGCGCGUAUGCGCGACAUUUACCUCCACGCGGUACAAACUCUUUCUUGGCUUGGACCCGAGACUGCAUCCAGCUCGGAGGGCAUAAAUUACGCCGCAACUUUAGCGAAGCGGGGGCUAUACCAUUUGGCGAGCAAAGGCGACAUUGACUUGACACCAGAGCAAAAAGAACCGCUGAAUGUCGAAAUCGAAAUCAAGGUUGGACACCAAGGCCUGGAAGCACUGUUCACGCUGAUAGACCGCCCCUACUUUCAAAGAGCUUGGAUUGUGCAAGAGGUUGCUGUGAGCCGAAAUGCCUAUAUCGUUUGCGGCGACAAUACCCUACGCUGGGUCGAGUUACUACUUGCUGUUGCCUACCUCGUGGAGAGAGAGGCAUGGCUUAUGGAAUUCUAUCCUUCACAGCAAAUGGCCUCCCUGCUAUGUUUCCGAUCCAGUCAGGAAGAGUGGGAGCAGAAUACGGAGGUGGAGUGGUGGAGAGUCCUGCUCCGGCAUCGCGAAUGCCAGUCUACCGAUGGGAGGGAUAAAGUGUUCGCUUUCUUAGGAUUGCGGUGCCAGAGUAUGUUCAAGCAGCUUAACAUCGAGCCGGAUUAUGACGGAUCGACUAUGGAGAGUCUGUUCACGCGAUUGGCUGUCAGCGCAUUGGAGAAGGGGCACAUUGAGGUUUUGAGUGUCCCAAGGCUCGUCACUAAGUCGACGCCUGGAGAGGAUGGAGACUUGAAACCGCUUCAAAUCCCGUCCUGGGCUCCCGAUUGGCGGUGGUCGAAAGCAACCCCACCGCCGGCUUACUGGCAAAUAUACCCGAAGACGUACGUCUCAGACGCUCCAUACCAAGCAACGCCAGGCUCUCCUUUUGACGUUUCUUUUGAGCUGAAUGGACUCCAAAAGUCCGAUGCAGGAAGAACCCAGAAGGGAGAGCUUGUGGGUGACGUGUCUGGGGAGAAAGAGUCGAGAGGAGAAGAAGCCGAGCAGAAGGAGCGGAGAGCAGAAGAGGUAGAGGCACUGCCAACAAGGCUACGGCUCAGAGGCUACACCGUUGCAAAGGUGACGCAACUCACGCCUCGUCGUUGGGAACGGCGAGACCCUCCAGCCCGGCAAACGGUACUGAACCAAGCUCGCGAGCUUCAGCACGUUCAAGAACAGAUAUACGAAUGGGAGAGCGCACUGUGGCCAAAGGACCCUGCAGCUCCAUACCACCCGACCGCUGACAGCGGCGAAACGGAGCUCGACGCUGCCUAUCAUACUAUUACCGCCGGAAUCGACACUUACAACAAAGCUGUUGUCAGUAACCCUGGAUUAGACACUCGCUCAGCGAUCGCAGCCUUUGAGAAACGACAGAGACGCCUUCGCCCGAUUGCUAGGAUUGGAUUACAGCACUUUGUGUGGGUGUACGUCCUUGUUAUGCUAAUAGAGCACGUGUUAAUGUGGUUUGGGCACCGCAAUCUUGACAUGGACUUCAGACAGACGCUGGUUCCUAUAAUAAAUCGGAGAGGAGCCAGGCUGAAGGAUGCCAAGGGGGUAGAAUACCUGGGACUGUUACCUGGUAUCUGCGAGGUUGGGGAUGAGGUGUUUGUUUGCUCGGGGGUUAAGGCGCCUUUGGUAUUGAGGGAACGGAGGAAGCUCGGAGGGGCGAAAGACACGGAGGAGACUAAUCAAGCACAGGAAGAGAAAGAGUGGGAAUUCAUCGGUGAUUGCUACGUUCAUGGAAUGAUGACGGGGGAGGUUUGGGGCAAGGAGUGCCAGGAUGUAUGGAUUGCUUGACCUUCAUAGUCGGACAGGUGAGCCUGAUCCUCGUUCAACCUUCCUUCUGGCUUAUUCGAGCGCCGUCUCCAGUGUAUACGUCACUCUCAGUCCUUGGCACUCAUAUUUCCCUUCAACCGAUACAACCUUCCUCCGC